AUGCGCCGCAUUCAACUUUCUGACUUUGAUCUGUCAAGUACACACACCGAAAAAGUAUUGUUUAUCGUGCUAAAUCGAACGGAGUUUUUGCUGUUUAAGGCGUAAAAUAAGUAAACAAAAAUUAUGUCUGACCUCAAAUCGGAAAUUGAUAGUGAUGCCGAGCAACAUUAUUCGCUCAACAGUAACGUGGAUCCGAAAAAUAUGCAGGAGUUAACCAUUUACGUGCAGAAUCUCCUCCAAAACGUCCAAGACAAAUUUCAAUCAAUGUCCGAUCAAAUCAUCACCCGUAUCGACGAUAUGGGCAAUCGAAUAGACGAUCUCGAGAAAAGUAUUGCUGAUCUAAUGACUCAAGCUGGUGUUGAGGGUGCCGAAAAGUGAUGACUCAAACAA